GAAUAACUGGUUUCCUGAGACGAAUCCGACAACAACGCUGCUCUGAUUCUACUACCGACGUCCUGGUGCCGAUGCACUCCCCUACAGGGUAGGUAUUACGACAUCUAAGGUACGUAUUGGGGCCGAUCUCGGCCUGUACCUUUGAGUUGGAUUGGUGCCUCCAGUCGCGUUCGUUCCCGCCAAGCGUAUCUUAGCAUUAACUUAACUCAUUUCGUGCAAGUGCUUUCCUUAAUGAGGGUCCAUGACAUAUGCGGGGAAAAGAUAAGAGAUGUCGGGCAGUCGGAGACAGCGUUCAUGUUGGCAGUGGGACCUUGUCAUGUCGAAAGUGCGCCUAGGGUGUCACGUAUCUUCGUGCUAAUUAAUCCAUUGAUGCCCCAGUCUGGUCGUAUUCUUUAUUUCCACACUCCUCACUCUACCAGGCGUAUGGUACCCCGUCACUCAAUAUGCUUCUUACGUCGCCGACUGUCGUUGCGAGCAUAGCAUUGCUCACCGUGGCUGUUCUGGUCUAUCGGACUGUCAAAUCACCCCUUUGGAAGGUGCCUGGGCCUACCGUGUCUGCCUUCACUUCAUUGAUAUUAAAAUGGCACGAGCUGGGGGCGGAUCGGACCCUGUAUAUACAAGCCCUCCACUUGCAGUACGGCCCAGUGGUUCGGAUCGCGCCGAACGAGGUCUCGUUCACAUCAUGGGCUGCUUUGAAAGAGAUCUACUGCUCCGGGGGAAGCGGCUACGAGAAGACUGAAUUCUACGAUCUCUUCACAAUAUUUGGUCGAAGGACCAUGUUCACUACUCUGGGCAAAACCGAUCAUGCCAAGAGGAAACGAAUUUUGGCAGAUCGAUACGCAAAUUCCAAUGUCAUGCGUGGGUCUGCCAUUGCGGGAAUCCAAGAACGUUCGAAAAGAUUCAUUGCGAGAUGCACCGCAGGAGGACUAGCAGCGCAUGAUGUUUUUUGCCGGGCUUACCAAGUAGCUUUACAUGCUUACGCUUGUGACUGCGUCACGCAUCAUCUUUUCCACCCCGAGGGGACCGAUUCACUGCGAGAUGUUCACGAUGAAGAGAUGAUGCACCAGGUUGCCGCAGACGACAGCUUCCAGAAUCGAUUGGUGUCUUUCUAUGCCCCAACUCUUCACCGGCUCGCAUCAGGUAUCCUCAACUUCUGGUGGAAGCCCCGAGAAACACCUCUUGUGGAACAAUAUGUGCAGCAAACUAGCAAACAAGCAGAAGCUGAGCCCUUCACCCUUCUGAGCCGCUUACGCGAAAAGACAGGCGAUCUCGACGAGGUAGACACAGCCGCGGAAUGUCUGGACCAUAUUGCGGCUGGUAUCGACACGACUGGCGAUGGGCUCUGCUUCUUGAUGUGGGAGCUAUCGCAGCCUCGAUCGAGGGACAUUCAGCAGCGCUUACAGGCCGAACUCCGGGCAAGUCCAGAUGCCCCUCUUGACCAGCUCCCCUACCUGGAUGCUGUGGUGCUCGAGGGUCUCCGCUGCUUCCCGCCGAUCCCCAUGUCCUUACCGCGCUACGUGCCGUCGGGUGGUCGAGUGAUUGAUGGCACCUGGUUACCCGCGAAGACAAUAGUCAGCUGUCAGGCGUAUUCUGUGCAUCGUCUGAACCCGAGUGUCUUCCCAGCGGCUCAUAUCUUCAACCCUAGUCGAUGGCUGGACGAGGACGGCGAUGCCGAUAGGCGGAGGUUGAUGUUUGCCUUUUCCAAUGGAGGGCGAGGCUGUAUUGGCAAGCAUCUUGCCUUGGCGGAGAUGAAGACGCUCCUUAGGGAUACGUAUUCGGCUUACACCACGACUCCCCACGCCUCCAUGUCCGAGGAAAGCAUGGCCAUGGCAGACCAGCUGAUCUCUUCAAGGCCCAGAGACCAGAAGUGCCUGCUUCAUUUUGAGCCUCUAGACUCCAGUUCUGUAGCGGGACUUGAGCACUAAGGAAGUCAGUCUUGUUUAGCAUGCAGACGCACGGGUACGGUGGCCAAGGUGUGUCCCUGAUUCAGUUGGAUCUAUCUGCUUCCAUUCGGGCAAAUCGAAAAGGGGCCAACCGUGGCUGGCGGAAGGCAAGGUUUGAAGAUGACAAACCAAUUCAACGACGCGGGAGUGAUACACUCAAGAGAUGGUCUCAAGCCAUAGGCGUAAACACACUACUUAAGAGGCGAAUGAAAUAUUUCCGAGACGUCGUUUGUCGUACUGUCGCUUAAUGGCCUUCAAAGUUCCAAGUCCUAACCGUCUACGCACCGUGUAUGCCAAAGACGGCCCACGGAACUGCCUAUGGGCAUGUGCCACUCAAAG